UUCCUGCGCUGAAAGCAGAGGGAUGUGUCUGCGUCUGUGGGAGCGCUGCUGUCUACGUUAGCCCUUGCCCGUUGUGCGAUUUUGUAGAUACGCACAAUAAGCUAGUAAGAAAGUCAACAGAAUGGCAAACGAAUUGAUUCGCUCGUAGAAAAAGCUCGUAUGCCUAUGCACAGUAUGGUGGAGUGAGCCUCUUCUGGUUACGUAUAGAACGAGAUCGUCUUCAGAAAUGUUCGACUGUGCUGUUUUACUUCUGGCAGGCUGCACCUUGAGUGGUACCGCUUAUAGGUUGCAAAUGUCUACACCUCAACUCGAUGAACUUCCUAAGCUAGGACCUACUCCUCCAGGGUUCCUGGAAACUACCGAACUCCCUCUGCCGCCUGGACACCCUUCAUCGCACAUCGAAUCACCUGUGCCACCACCGAGAAGCCGGGGAGGACCUCGUAGACCUCACGAAGGGCCGCCUAUUCCACCACCUCGACGCCAAAGAGAGCCUGGUGAAGGACCACGCUCUGAAUUUUCUCCUGUUGAUCCCGUAAAACCUACGCCGGCCGGUUUUGAUUGGUCGCCUGGUCCUCUAGGACUACCGAGCCCUCCCGGACCUCUAGCCGAUGAUUUUCCACCUUUGGAACCCAACGAUCCCAAAGAUAGAAACGUCAGUCGACAUAGGAAUCGGUCUCCCGGAAGUCCUGAUGCGCCAAGAAAACCCCAGCCGGGCAGACGCGGCAGAUACCCUUCUAGAAGUCCAUCUCCUUCAAGAGUUUCUGCAGUGGCUCCUGCUCAGGCCUCACCUGCUGGGGCUGCUCACGACUCAUAUUCGCACCUGAUCUUUGCUAUCCAGUGGUCAGGUGGCGUCUGCGCAGAUCGAAGGUCCGACAAUCGAUCUUGCAUCCGUGAUAGUCUACGCAAUCACUGGACAAUACACGGCCUGUGGCCUUCAAACGAAUACGAGGGUCCUCUAUUCUGUGAUGGGGAAAAAUUCGAUGGCCGUUUACUUAACGAUAUUAAAGACCAGCUGAAUCAGUACUGGCCGUCAUAUACGAGUACUCAGGAUCGGUUUUUCACGUUUUGGCGUCACGAAUGGCAAAAACACGGCGCUUGCGCUGCAGACGCUACGAUGAGCCUUGUUGGCUUCUUUACAAGUAGCCUUAAGCUCUACAAGAGGCACGACAUCAAUGAAUACCUCCGCAACAGCAACGUUAUUCCGUCAAAGCAGAAAGUCUAUCAUCCGUCAGAGAUCGUGAAGGCAAUUGUGGACGACUAUCCAUACAAAAUUGAUGUUGUCUGUAAUCAUCGCAAGGUUACACCUCAUCCUGUCCUCAUGGAAGUCCGCUUCUGCCUGAAUAAAAGUUUGCAACCUGUAAAUUGCAAGGGACGUUACAUCCGCUGCGAAAACCAGCUAGUCUACCUUCCCAACGAGUGAAGUCUGUUUUUUUUUAUUGGACCGUGCUAGGCUGUUCUCCUACGGGAAAAUUUGAAAUAAAUUUUGAAGCACCAGAA